CUCAUGCUUCUUGGUCACUGAUAGAGAGAGGAGGCAAAAGUGAAAAGCGAGAAUGAGUGGAGCUGAGAAAGUGGUGUGCGUUACAGGGGCUUCUGGGUACAUAGCUUCAUGGCUGGUCAAGCUCCUGCUCCAACGCGGCUACACCGUCAAUGCUUCAGUUCGCGACCCAGAUGAUCCAACGAAGACAGAACACUUACUCGCACUUGAUGGAGCUAAAGAGAGGCUUCAUUUAUUUAAAGCCAACUUACUGGAAGAAGGAGCUUUUGAUUCUAUGGUUGAUGGAUGUGAAGGUGUUUUCCACACAGCAUCUCCAUUUUAUCACACUGUCUCUAAUCCACAGGUGGAAUUAAUUGACCCUGCAGUGAAGGGAACCCUCAAUGUUCUCAGAUCAUGUGCAAAAGUUCCAUCUAUCAGAAGAGUUGUCGUAACAUCUUCUAUGGCAGCUGUUGCUUUCACUGGACAAACUUUAACUCCUGAUGUGGUAGUUGAUGAAACUUGGUUUUCUGAUCCUGCAGUUUGUGAGAAACUGAAGCUUUGGUAUAUGCUUUCAAAGACCUUGGCCGAGGAGGCUGCCUGGAAAUUUGCAAAAGAGAACAAGAUUGACCUUGUUGCCAUAAAUCCAGGGCUGGUGAUUGGUCCUCUCUUACAGCCAACUCUCAAUACAAGUGUGGAGCCUGUUCUGAAACUAAUAAAUGGUACACAAACAUUUCCUAAUAUAACUUAUAGAUGGGUUGAUGUUAGAGAUGUUGCCAAUGCACAUAUCCAAGCAUUUGAGGUUCCUUCAGCUAAUGGAAGAUAUUGUUUAGUUUCCAGAGUUACACAUUGUUCUGAGGUUGUGAAGAUUUUACAUGAGCUCUACCCCACAUCCAAUCUUCCUGACAAAUGUGCAGAUGACAAGCCUUUCGAGCCAACCUACCAGGUGUCCCAGGAGAGAGCAAGAAGCUUGGGCAUCAACUUCAUUCCUGUGGAGGUGAGCUUCAAUGACACUGUUGAAAGCUUGAAGGAAAAGAAGUUCUUCAGUCUCUGACUCUUGGAGUUUAAUGGUAUUGUAACGGAGGGUUGAUACGUCGGAGAGGCGAUUUAUCAGAAAAAACCGACAAAUUUCUGCGAAAAAUCGCCCAAAUUCGUCCUCCGGCCGUCAAAGCGCGCCCCUGCUACAGCUCCGGUCAAAGCGCUCCCUGCUCCCUGCUCCAGCUCCAGUCAAAGUGCGCCCCUGCUCAUGCCUUCAAUUUUUUGCAACAGAUAAGGGGAUCCAGACCCCAAACAAAAGGCAUAGCCUACCACUAGGGCAGGUUUGCCCUUUCUUAAUUAUAUUGUUCUAAACAUAUAUAUAUUAAAAGUCAACAUAUAAACAAAAUCUUAAAAGAAUAUUUUAGAGAAUAAAUUAAUUAUAAUUAUUUUAUAAUUAAAUAAAAAAAUUUCAUUUUAUUUUACCAAAAAUAUAAAAAUUAUAAUCAUAAUUUUUUUUUGUAAUGUUUUUAAUAUCAUUAUAUGUAUAAAAUAAAAUUUUCAUUUUAUUUUAUAAUGUUUUUAAUAUCAUUAUAUGUAAAAAAUUAUAAUCUUACAAUACCACUCUACCACCAGCCGACUAACAUGUUUUACAAUAUAAAGUAAACAUGUUUUCAGUUAUGACUACUAUAGCUUCUUGUUUUCUCAUUUUUACACUGCUUUAUUCUCAUUUUCAGCUAUCUUUCCGAGCAUCAAUUUUCUGUUUUAGUGUGGAUAGAAGAGCUAUUUGUUUGUUUUUGUUGAACCCAAUCUUCUGUGUGCAUGCUCUGUUUUUGGGUUUUCUUUUCCUUUCCCCGUACAAGAUUGACGCAUGAAUUUGUUUCUGAACUUGACAUGUGAGACUCGUGCUUAUUUUCUUUGUUAAUCUCACCUAUUUUGAGCCCAUGGACGUCACUUGAAAUAGGGCCCUACACAUUUAUGGGUCGCAUGUUCUUCUAUUUA